AGAAUGACAGUGUCAGAGUGGGAAAAGAUGGUGGGGACGGAAAAUUGCAUGGUGUCUGUAGAAAUUGGUGGAAAAAGAGUGGAAUUGUCGUGAAAAUCUCAUUAAAAUUGUAUAUAACAGUGAUGUCGAGGAAGCAGGAAGACGUUCUGGACAGCUGGGAGGAGAUUGACGAGGCGCAACUCACGGCGAAGAUCAACAAGAUGCGUGAGCACAGUUCCAAGGACAAGAACAGCCGGAAGAUGACGAUACUCGCCGUUGAGGAUGAUCCGCGGAGUCACUUUGGGCAGUUUGGACCGUCAGAGCCGACACUGAAGAUCCUGAAGAGGCCACAGGAUGGUGGCGGAACGGCGGGUGGUGAUGUGAAGCCCAAGGCGCCGGUGAAGAGUCUCCAGCAGCGCGAGCAGGAGUACGCGGAGGCGAGAUUGCGGAUUCUGGGUUGUGCCAAGAGUCCGGAGGAUGAACAAAACAACACUGUGAUGAGGCGCGGCAGCGAGGGCGGCGGCGGCGGCGGCGGCUCCACGAGUCGCCAGGCGGCCACAAAGACACCCGAUGGACUGAUUCGCCUGCCGCGCGGCCCCGACGGCACGUGUGGCUUCACGCUGAGGCGGUAGCGGCGCCGCGGCGGCAGAGUUUCCGGGUCGGCCGCGCGAGUCUGUGUGUGCAUUUGGUUGGCGAGAUUGUGAAAAUUGUACAAUAUACACAUAAUUCUCUUUAUUUUUUAUUCG